AAAAUUGAUGAUUGCUUAAGUAGGUAUUAAGUUUCGUGAACCUAUAAAAAACCUCGUUGAACAUAUGUGAUUCGAUACCGGCGCGAUUAGUUCGACCAUGCGCCUUUAAACGUUACGUUGUUUUUCUGUCGGGCGAGAACAAUUCGCGGAAAUACGGCAAUGCGAUGGCCGACGACACGUGUGAGAUGAAGAAUGUGAUAAACGAACUCAAACCGACGUACCUACUCAAGGAUAAAUCGAAGAUGGCUUCGUUUAAACAAAAGAUGCGCAGCCUAAUGUAUAACAGACUUCCGAUAUUAAAGUGGGCGCCUAAUUAUGGAACUAAUAAAUUAGUAAGCGAUGCAGUCGCUGGAAUAACAGUGGGCCUUACGGCUAUGCCCCAAGCUUUAGCCUAUGCUACAUUAGCAGGGCUUGAACCACAGUAUGGUCUGUAUUCUGCAUUUGUGGGCUGUUUCGUGUAUAUAAUAUUUGGUAGUGUAAAAGAAAUUACCAUUGGACCAACAGCACUCAUGGCACUCAUGACGUAUCAGCAAAUCGAGGGCCGAAACGUCGACUAUGCAAUAUUAUUGUGUUUUUUGUCUGGAGUUGUUCAGUUACUCAUGGCAUUUCUCAAUCUAGGUGUUUUGGUCGAUUUCAUAUCAAUACCAGUAACAGUCGGCUUCACAUCGGCGACAUCAGUAAUCAUCGCGACCACACAACUGAAAGGGCUUUUAGGGUUGAAAAUAAGUUCUUCAGGUUUUACCGAUACCAUCAGAAAAGUGGUGAGACAUUUGGACGAAACAAGGUGGCACGACCUCUCGUUAGGACUAACGUGUAUCAUUGUAUUGCUCUUAUUCAGAAAAAUCAAAGACAUCAAAUUGACCCCGUCCGACAAAAAGCCGACAAAAAAUCAAAAAAUUCUUUCCCGAGUUCUGUGGCUUACUUCAAUAUCUAGAAACGCAAUCGUCGUUAUAGCGUGUUCCAUUCUUGCUUACAAUCUUAAAAAUAGUAGCAAUGGUUGUCCGUUUGUAUUGACUGGCACUGUCCGGGGGGGAUUUCCCAGCGUAGCACCACCACCUUUUUCCACAGAGCUCAAUAACAAAACCAUUCCAUUUACUGAAAUGGUCACAGAUUUAGGAACUUCGAUUGUACUUGUUCCUAUUAUUGCUGUUUUGGGCAACGUUGCAAUUGCAAAAGCAUUUGCCACUGGAAAAACCGUCGACGCUACUCAAGAAUUAUUUACUUUGUCUCUGUGUAAUAUCAUCGGGUCUUUUGUUUCGUCUAUGCCGAUAACGGGAUCGUUUUCCCGAUCUGCCGUUAACCACGCCAGUGGCGUACAAACACCGAUGGGUGGACUAUUUACAGGGAUCAUGGUCAUACUGGCUCUAAGUUUCUUAACCCCAUAUUUCUCAUACAUUCCAAAGGCUUCGUUAUCAGCGGUUAUUAUUUGUGCUGUAAUUUUCAUGAUUGAGUACGAGGUGGUGAAGCCAAUGUGGAGAUCUAGCAGAAAAGAUCUUGUGCCAACGUUUGCUACUUUCGUGCUCUGCCUUGCGAUAGGGGUUGAAAUUGGCAUUUUGAUUGGCGUUGGCAUUAACAUAAUCUUUUUGCUGUAUCCGUCCGCUAGGCCAACAAUUCACGUUGAGAAAAAAACCAUAGUCGACAGUGGCAUCGAGUACAUUUUGGUAACCCCUGGAAAUAGUUUGUAUUUUCCAGCAAUUGAGUUCAUAAAAUCCAGCGUAGUAAAGGCUGGUCUCUCAUCGUCACACUUACCAGUAGUGGUAGAUUGCCGAUUUAUUUUGGGAGUUGAUUUUACCGCUGCUAAAGGGAUUUCGUCCAUGAUUACGGAAUUUAUGUUGCGAAAUCAACCGUUAUACUUUAUAAAUCCUAAAGAAGAGGUUAUUGCUGUUUUUAAAGGAGCAGUUAUGGAAGAUUUUCAAUAUUUCAAAUCUGUUGAUGAUCUUCAACAACAUCUUUCAGAUCAAAAAGAAAAAGCCAAGACCAUUUUUUCGGAAGAAACGAAGCUACUGCCUACUGGUCAAUCAGAAGAACCAGCGUCGGUCACAACAACAGAUUUACGAGAAAUAAAAUGUGUCAACGGAUGUGGUAAUUUUGUACAACACUCAAGUUCAUCAUGUUAAUUUGUAAAAUGCAACAAUCCGCGUAAUUUAUUUGACCGAACCGAAGAAAAGGUUAAUUUUUAUUUACCAACAAAAUAAGAAAUAAUUAUGCAUUAACAACAUUUGCUAUUUUGUAUAAUUUAUUAUUUUUAUAUGUUAAUUUAUUGUUGGAGAACGAUAAAACAGUGGAAUGUUGAUUGUCUUCUAUAAUGUAUAAGUUUUGUAAAAUUACCGAGUUCCUUAAAUUAAUGAAAAAACUCUUUUUUGUAUUAAAUAAAAGGUUUAUAUGA